GAUCAGGUGCAGUCGAGAUGAUUAUAUUAGGUGUUUAACAUGGGAUGUGGCUCGAGUAAAACAGCACAUUACGAUACAAGAUCUGACACCAAGGGAGUGAAGUCACUGGGUACGUUCAGAAAGGAGGCGUUGACCGCCCAUAACAUCUUACGUAAACAGCAUGGAGCCGAGCCAAUCAAACUUAGUGAAGAGCUGAACACGAUGGCACAGAAGUGGGCCGAGUACCUGGCAGAGCAUCAGGUCUUCAUACACAGCCCAGAGGAGCACAGGAUAGGUGCCGGGGAGAAUCUAGCCGGACACAGUGACGUCAUCUCAGGGCAACAACUCGUCGAUAUGUGGUACAGCGAGAUCAAGGGAAACAACAUCUCACAUCCAGACUUUAAAAAGGGAAUCGGUCACGUGACCCAGGUCGUCUGGAACGACUGCACCCACGUGGGUUUCGGCCGCUCCACCAAGCCGGGCAUGAACGGCAUGUACAUGUACGUGGCCAACUACAGGCCCGGGGGGAGCUGGUUCGUGGACUUCAACACCCGGCCCCUACCCCAGCGCCGGUAAGCAGGUGAGGG